GCCACUCUCAGCGGUGGGUGGAGGGCCAGCAGCAGGCGCAGCAACACCUGGCCCACAGGGUGCUCCAAGGAGCAGCCAUGUCUGUUCUGUACCCCUCCCUGGAGGAUCUGAAAGUGGACCACGCCAUCCAGGCCCAGGCCAGAGCCAUGCCCAGGAUGCCUGCCCUGCCAGCCCAGGAGACACCCGCCUUGCCAGCCCAGGGGACAGUUCUGUACCCAAACUUGGCAGAACUGGAAAACUAUAUGGGUCUUUCCCUCUCCAGUGAUGAAGUCCAGCAGAACCUGCCUCGGAGUCCAGAAGGUGCCAGUAUGGUGGUCUCAAGCACCUCGGUGGGCCAGGUGGUGGCGCCGGUGUCCGGGAACAACCUGGGGGUGCGGCGUGCAGAGAUCAAGCCUGGGGUACGCGAGAUCCACCUGUGCAAGGAUGAGCGUGGCAAGACCGGGCUGCGGCUGCGGGCCAUUGACCAGGGCAUCUUUGUACAACUGGUCCAGGCCAACUCCCCCGCUGCCCUUGUGGGGCUGCGCUUUGGGGACCAGAUCCUGCAGAUUGACGGGCGUGACUGUGCUGGGUGGGGCACGGACAAAGCGCACCGGGUGCUGAAGAAAGCAUCAGCCGAGAGGAUCGCCAUGGUGGUCCGCGACAGGCCCUUCCAGCGCACCGUCACCAUGCACAAGGACAGCACGGGCCACGUCGGCUUCAUCAUCAAGAAGGGAAAGGUGGUCUCUGUGGUCAAAGGGAGUUCAGCCGCCCGCAAUGGGCUCCUUACCAACCACUACUUGUGCGAGGUGAACGGGCAGAAUGUCAUCGGGCUGAAGGCCGCCUGGCAGUCGGACACAGCAGUGACCAGCGGAGGGGGCAGUGGGACUGUGGAGGGGGCCGGGCUGGAGGAGGGACGCUGGCUCUGGUGA